AUGUCUACACCAGCGGAAUACUAUCGAUCGCUGCCACCAGUGAGCAAGACCUAUGGAGUUGCCUGCUUUAUGACUGCAGCUGCCUUGUACUUGCAACUUUAUAAUCCAUGGAACAUUGCGCUUGAUUAUGGCCUCGUCAUAAAACGUUUCCAGGUUUGGAGGCUUAUUACCAGUUUCUUCUUCCUGGGGCCCUUUUCAUUCCCGUUUGCUUUUCGUCUUAUAAUAAUAGCAAGAUAUGGUGUGGGAUUGGAGAGAGGACCGUUUGACAAGAGAACGGCAGACUAUGUUUGGAUGUUGGUAUUUGGUGCCAUUUCACUUCUGGUGAUGGCUGUUGUUCCAUAUUUGUUGUCUCCGUUUAUGGGACCUUCUGUGGUUUUCAUGAUCGUGUAUGUAUGGUCCCGUGAGUUCCCAAAUGCACGUAUCAACAUAUAUGGGCUUGUGUCCUUGAAGGGAUUUUAUCUUCCUUGGGCACUGCUGGGUCUGGAUUUGAUAUUUGGAGAUCCUUUGAAGCCAGACAUUCUAGGGAUGGUUGCAGGACAUCUCUAUUACUUUCUAACCGUGCUUCAUCCUCUUGCUGGUGGAAAAUUAAUGCUCAAGACUCCUCUCUGGGUGCACAAAUUGGUAUCCUUCUGGGGUGAGGGAACCCAAAUCAAUUCCCCGGUGGAACGCAAUCCGCACGCCGGAGUUGCGUUCCGGGGAAGAAGCUUCCGACUCAAUGGUCGAACAACCACUCCACCACAAUCAACUCAGGAACCUUUUAAUAAUCAGCAACAGGCAGCAGCUGGUGGAGUUGCAUUCCGUGGAAGAAGCCAGCGCCUCAACGGUCGUUAA